AUGGUCUGGAGGGCGGUCGGGCUACAGCAGCCUGGUCCCGGACAGCUGUUGGCUUGCCUCCAAACGCUGACUCGCCUCAGGGACAGCCUGCAUGUCAAGCACCUCACCUGUGCCAGCUCAGAGAAACCCCAGAGGCCCUCGACCCCACCCCACGCUCCCUCACCCGCCGGCCCCCGGGCGCUCCAGCUGUCGCCCCUCGGAGAGCCCCCUCGCCGCCAGGAGAACCCGGCACGCCCUCCCCUCUCGGCCGCUGGCAGGGUCCCCUCUCACCGCGGCGGGGGCCGGCCGGCCGGCCGGGCGGACGGGGAGCGACCGGGCGCCGUUUGGCUCGGGAAUGCGGUCACUGCGCCGGCCCCAGACCCGGGUCCUUCUGAGGCGCCGGCCCGCGCGAGCUGUCAGUCAGCUGGCCGUGCCCGCCCCCGCCCCCGGCCCCGUCUGCGCAGGCGCGGGGCGGCCCGGGAGUGGCGUCACGUGACGGGGCGGUGCAGCUGUCGGCGCCUGGCCCUCCGGAGGGUUUCGGCCCACGUCCCGCGUCUCUCGGGCCUGGGGGUCGCCCCUCGGCGGGAGGCCUCGUCCUACGGCCCUGGGAGCACGCUCGGGGACAUCCCGCUCAUGGAGCUGCUGAUCGCUGGGAAGGUGGCCUAUUGA